AGCUGAGCAUAACGCCGUGAAUGGGUUUCCUGUUUCGACGUUCCUGGACAUGUCUCAACUGCACAAGGCCGCCAGGGCUAACUAAGUAUGUCGUGGGCCUAAUUGUCGUCACUGGCACCUGCAAUUCGAACACUCUAUAUCUUCGUGCCCGUGUCGACAUACUCUGUUCAUCCCUGAAAGUAUGUGCAGCAGAUGCACGAGUACUAAAGGAAACCCUGCAAGAUGUCAUCUGCACCGACGUUGAUUCUCAUUCACGGCUCCUGGCACACUCCCGCGUACUGGGAUAAAGCCAGAACGAUCCUCGAAAUGAAGGGCUACAAAUGCAUAGCACCUCAAUUGCUGUUCACUGAUAUCGAUUUGCCGAUCACCUCAAUAGCACCUGCAAUCGAAUCAUUGCGCAGAGUCAUAGCCUCGGAGAUCGAUGCUGGCAACGACGUCGUGGUGGUCAAUCACUCUUUCGGCGGAAUGGUGGGCUGUAGCGCCAUCAAGGGUUUCACCAGAAAGAACCAAUCCAACCUUAAGCACAACAAGUCAGGGCACGUGCUUGGUUUGAUACAGACUCCCGCAUUUGCGCCCCGGAGCAACACCGCGCUGAUCGAUUUGUACGCGGUCCCCGGAUAUGUCGAGAGUCUCUCGUCGCAGGACCAAGUCCGACCCAGUAAAGAGGGAUGGUCGGAGUUGCUUCGUGAACCUGGGGGCUACUUUUACAACGACCUUCCACCAGAAGAAGCUCAAGAGUUGAUAUCAAGGCUUGUCAAGUUCUCGUUUGGCCUGGGAAUGAGUUCCGAUGGCGUUUAUGCUGGCUGGCUGGAUGUGCCUGUUUGGUAUCUGUUCUGUACUCUGGACCAGGCCAUGACGCUCAAGGGACAGGAGAUCAUUGUACAGAUCUGCCGUGACGAUGGUGCCGAUGUGACGACCAGGGUCGUAGAAGCUGGUCACUCACCUGCAAUAAGUAAGACCGAGGAUGUUGUGCAAUUCGUUGAAGAUGCGAUUGCAUCUUUCAGGACAAAAGGCAGCCGUUGAAUGUCGCAUUUUGGGGAGAAGACCAUGCUCUUGUAUUGCACUCACUCGAGAUAGACAUGGACUGUAGACGAAAGCUUGUAAUGGAACAUACUCCCGUCGUCCCUCCGAAAGUGUAGACCAUUUGGUCUUCGAAAAGCGCACAUCAAGAGUGGGCCAAUGAC